AUGGGCCCCGCACUCGCAGGGAAAAUGGAAGCCGACUACGUUGACCGGCUCAUAUUGACCAACGUGGCGCGGCAUGUGGGCGCGACAGUAGAAGCGCUCCACCAGCGCGAAGAGCGCCCCCCAACACGCGGCGAACGCUUCACUCGCUUUCUGCAGAGGGUGCUUGAGCGCUCCGCCGUUACCGGAGCUGGCGGCGACCCGUACUUCGGGCCCGGCGUGGCGGCGUUCCUGACGGAAGAGUACGAAGACCUGCCUGAGCCGACGGUUACACGCGGGCACGAGCUUGAGGACGAGAAGUACAUCGAAGGAAUACAGCUCGCAAUCAAUGAUAUGGCGACUGAUGAGAAUAUCGUUAUGGUCGGGCGCGGCUGCUACUACAUUCUGAAAGACGCGCCGAAUGUGCUGCGGGUGGGCAUAGAGGCUCACGUAGACGACCGUAUUGCGACGAUCGCCGAGCGUGAGCGUCUCAGCCUCGAUGAAGCAGCCAGUACGGUGGCGGCGCGGGAUCAGGCGCGGCUGUACUUCUUCAACCGCUUCUUCGACAUAGAAGACCCGGACGCGCCGGAGUUCUUCCAUUUCGUGAUUAACACCAGCCUGAUUGGGCAGGAGUAUGGCAUCAAGAUGAUUCUUGACGCCGCAGAUGCCCUGCGCAGUGGGGACUUGAAAUAG